CACAGGGAGCACUCCUCGCGCGUUGCCGAACCACUGCCGUCGGUUUUGGCGUGGAAAAAGGAGUGAAUUAAUGAGAAGUUGUCGGACCGGAUGUGACCACAGACCAACUGCCAUUAAACUAACACCGGCAGGUUUUUAAAACAACAACAACAAAAAAGAAGAAAAAAACAGAAAGAGAACAUCACUCGCGAGCCGACAGGCGCGAGCUCACCUUCACGCAUAGAAAAGUUUCUGGAUUAGGGCAGAAUUGACACAAAGCAGCGACGCCACUCCAGCGACACACUCGCGAGCAGCAGCGCAGAAGAGGCGACGAAGAGAGAGAGAGAGAGAGAGGGAGAGAGAGAGAAAGAGAGAGAGAGAGAGAGGGAGAAAGAGAGAGAGAAAGAAAGAGAGGGGGACCGAGACACUCCAGCGGACGCCACCUCGGAAAGACGGUCGCGGCAGCCAGACGAGUCCAACCCGGAGAGAGAGAGAAAGAGAGAGAGGCUGGAGAUCUUUGCCCUGAAGGAUGGAAGAGAAGCAGUGCGCCGGGAUCCUGAACGGAGCAGUUCCAGGAGAGCCAGGGAAGAAGGAUGAAAACUCCCGGAGAGGGAACUGGGGCAACCAGAUCGAGUUUGUCCUCACCAGCGUGGGCUAUGCCGUGGGCCUGGGCAAUGUCUGGAGGUUCCCCUACCUCUGCUACAGGAACGGAGGAGGUGCCUUCAUGCUGCCGUACUUCAUCAUGCUGGUGUUCUGCGGCAUUCCCCUCUUCUUCCUCGAGCUGUCCUUCGGUCAGUUCGCCAGCCUGGGGUGUCUUGGAGUGUGGAAGAUCAGCCCCGUGUUCAAAGGCGUGGGCUAUGGCAUGAUGGUGGUGUCCACCUACAUCGGGAUCUACUACAACGUGGUCAUCUGCAUCGCCUUCUACUACUUCUUCAUGUCCAUGACCAACUUGCUGCCGUGGACCUACUGCAACAACCCCUGGAACACACCGGACUGCAGCGGCGUGUUGGGCGGCGGCAGCUACCAGCUCAACGCCAGCCUGGCCAAUGCUACCACGAGCCUGGUGGCCGGGCUGUCCAAGGUGGUCAACCGCACCAAGAGGACCAGCCCCAGUGAGGAGUACUGGAAACACUAUGUGUUGAACAUCUCCGAUGACAUCGGGAACUUCGGAGAGGUCCGUCUCCCUCUCCUCGGCUGCCUGGCUGUGUCCUGGUUUGUCGUCUUCCUCUGUCUCAUCAGGGGCGUUAAAUCCUCUGGAAAGGUGGUGUACUUCACAGCCACAUUCCCCUAUGUCGUCCUGACCAUCCUGUUCAUCCGCGGCAUCACCCUGGACGGAGCCAUCAACGGCAUCAAGUACUACCUGACUCCACAGUGGCAGAAGGUCCUCGAUGCAAAGGUGUGGGGAGAUGCGGCGUCUCAGAUCUUCUACUCCCUGGGCUGUGCUUGGGGCGGUCUCAUCACCAUGGCCUCCUACAACAAGUUCCACAACAACUGUUUCAGAGACAGCAUCAUCAUCAGCAUAACCAACUGUGCGACCAGCGUGUAUGCCGGCUUUGUCAUUUUCUCCAUCUUGGGCUUCAUGGCACACAACCUGGACGUCCCCGUGUCGGAGGUGGCCGACCACGGCCCGGGCCUGGCCUUCGUGGCCUACCCAGAAGCCCUCACUCUGCUGCCCAUCUCACCACUCUGGUCACUGCUGUUCUUCUUCAUGCUCAUUCUUCUGGGACUGGGGACUCAGUUCUGUCUGCUGGAGACCCUGGUGACGGCCGUUGUCGAUGAGAUCGGUACGGACUGGAUCAUCCGGAACAAGACGAUUGUCACACUGUCCGUGGCCAUAAUUGGAUUCUUACUGGGAGUGCCGCUAACGACACGGGCAGGAAUCUAUUGGCUGCUACUGAUGGACAACUAUGCUGCUAGCUUCUCUUUGGUCGUCGUCUCCUGCAUCAUGUGCAUCUGCAUCAUGUAUGUUUAUGGCCACAAACAAUACUUUAAAGACGUGGAGAUGAUGCUGGGCUUCCCUCCUCCCCUCUUCUUCAAAGUCUGCUGGAGAUUCAUCUCCCCCGUCAUCAUCAGUUUCAUCUUGAUCUUCACGGUGAUCCAGUACAAGCCCAUCACCUACAACGACUACGUGUAUCCCAGCUGGUCUCUGGCUAUCGGCUUCGCCAUGUCUAUGUCCUCCGUGCUCUGCAUACCCAUCUAUGCCCUCUACAAGAUCUCAAGGUCCCCAGGGGCCACCUUCAGAGAGCGGUUGAAGUUCGCCUGCAAGCCGCAUCCGACGUGGGGCCCUGCCCUGCAGGAGCACCGGAUAGGCCGCUACGCCCCCCUGGCCUCCGAAGACACGGUGGAGUCUCAUCCCCUCAGGGAGAAGGAGGAGCUGAUGGAGGAGCGGAAGGAGGAGCUGAAGGAGGAGGAGGAGAAGGAGAGGAGGGAUGAGAUCAGCCUCACCAUCCAGGGAAGCAACGGCUCCACCAACACACACAACAGCCCCAACCCCAGCGCAUAGACGGCACCGCGCAUAGACGGCACCGCGCUCUGCCAGCGCUACCGGGCACGCGGAUCCCCCACCCCCACACCCACCCCCCUUCCGUGCCCCCACCAUCUCCUCCCUCUCUUCUUCCCUUCUCCUCCAUCCUCAACCCACUUUCCCACAGUCCUCUGUGGGGGAGAUCCCAUUCGCUGGAGACCUUUACAUAUUGUAAGGGCUUAUUAUAUCUAUCCUAACCUCUUCUAUCUAUCUAUCUUAUCUAUCUUAUCUAUCUAUCUAUCUAUCUAUCUAUCUAUCUAUCUAUCUAUCUAUCUAUCUAUCUAUCUGCGUGUUGUCUCUAGAUAAACGAAGAAAAGAAAAAAAAAGUGAAAGGAAGAAAGAAAAAGAAAAUUGGGUUGUCAUCCAAAAGGUGUUGCGUGUAUGUAAGCGUGGGCGUGGGUUGCUAAUUUGUUCCACAUAAUUUAAUAAUGCAGGUUGUUUUUCCUUUCUUUUUUUUUCUCUUUUCUCUUUUCUUUUUUUUUGUUGUAAAACUUGUCAUCUUCAUGUGCAGUUAGAGGUCCAGUAGAUUGUGUGUUUGUUUUGUGCAGCACCACAGAGACACACACUGUCCUCCUUUAUUCUGUCAGCUGGGCCUGUGUGGGAUCGGGGACUUUCUAGCAGCAGGGAUUUGACAGCUGGAGACUUGCGACGCGAUAUAGAUAUACAUACAUACAGUGGUGCUGUGAUAACGGCCAUUUAACAGUUGGAUGGCGCUCGAAGAUGGAAAAGUCAAUGGCCAGGGGGGGAGCGAGGCGGUCACACUCAGUCACACCCAUACGCUCACACUAUUGUACGUUUUACAGCACACAGUGACCUCAACCGUAGUUGAUCUCAGCUUAAUACUAAGCCUGUUGUUGUUUUUAUGCUGCUUCUUCUUUUUCUAAAAAUAAAAACAAAAAAAGGUUUCGACAGAGCACACUUAACACCCGAGAUUGGCCGACUGACACUCUUUUCCCGUGGAGAUGUCCUCCAUUCGUGACCUUUUUCGUGAAAAAAAAACAAAACAAAAAAACACACCCCACACGUUUACACAAAAACAGGUGGAUGCAUCUCCGCACGUAGAAGUGCCAUCGCUCCUUAAGUCUUCCAGGCAUUUCUUGGGAUGCGGCCUAUGAAGGAGGCGCCGGUGACGGUUGAUGGUGGGUGUGUCGCAGUCUGUGUCUCCCGUGGGUCGUAGCAAUCUGCCCCAUUAAGGCAUGUUACCAAAAACAUUACCUGCGUUACCUGAGUCCUGAACAUGUUUUUGGUAACAUACAUAUACAUGUAUAUGUGUAUAUGUAUACUGUAUACCAAGACUGGUACGGUGUCAGUCUCUUACAGUCAUUCAAAGCUCUGAGCCAAGCUGUUGACCGGUGCAGAGACGCAGAGCUUGUUUCCAGAAGAGUGCAGAGCAUCUUGAAUGAGUGAUGUAGGUUUAAAUGUAGCUGUAUAGUAUCGUUCUCUCGGUAGAGUUCUCCUUUUUACCUCUCGUUAUUGUAAAGUAACUUAGUACAUAAUUAUCAAAGUCAGCAUAUGUUUAUUUUGUAAAAAAAAAAAGUAUAAAAAAAAAACAACCAACUACAGAAUCACGAUUAACCACGUUUACCAUUCCUCAUCUGUGACUGGGAAUCGUCGCCGUUGUUUUGUUGGAGGGUGUAACGGGACGGAGAGGGGCCUGUUUUUCUACCAUGCAAAGGGGUUUUUUGUUUUUUCCUAAAACAAUAAUAAUAAUAAUAAUAAUAAUAAUAAGGGUCCAACUGGAAAGCACAGCAUCCGGCUUAUGUCUGAACACUGAACAAUACAUGAAUGAGCUGUGUGAAGAUCUCGCGCUCCGUUGCCUGCUUUGUUGGACGCUUGCUCAGGUGGUCGGGAGAUGCUUUUAGCUUCACAUGGGGGGGGUUCUGGGUUCUGGGAUUGCAUCAGGUCCGGCUGUAGUGUUUCUUCACGUCCUAGUUUUUCUUGUGAAAUCGCCAACGAUGUUGAAGGGGUUCGGCUAAAAAUACCAGCGUGAGCAGCGCAACACGUUCUCAAAAUAUACAAGAUCGUAUAUGUUGCAAUAUUGCAUGGAGAGAGAGACUUAAAGGGGCAGUUUGAUAUUUUGUGAAAUGCUCUCAUUUCGCGUUCUUUUGGUCGAGCGCUAUCGAUAGCACCUCGCUACUUGGUUAGCUUAGCUUAGCAUGAAGGCUGGAGACUGGGUGGGGGGGGGGGGUAACAGCCGUUUUGACGGUUUUUUUUUAAUGAAAUCGGCCUCCAGCCCCUCUGAUGCUCAUUAAUUAACACCUUUUAUCUUGUUUGUUUAAUACGCACAACAAACAUCUUGCUGGUCUUUGGACACAUUUGUCGUAUUGACGCUUUUGGAUGAAUCAAACAAACAAGUUAUGUGUUGAUUAAUGAGCUUUUAACCAAGUGGACAGAGCCAGGCUAGCUCUUAGUAUUGAUGCUAAGCUAACCAGCUUCAUAUUUAGCAUCCAGACGUGCGAGCAAAACCAUCUAACUAUCUAACGCUCAGGAAAAAAAUAAGCGCACAUCCCAAAAGUGGUGAACUGUCCUUUUAAGGAUAUUAUCUAUGUUCAUGCUCGUCAGGUUUCUUUCAACCACUUUCUCAAAUAUAUUGGAGCACAGCUUCAAACUGAAUCCGACCGAUCCCCCGUGAUUCCUCAGAAGAGGAGAGCGGUUUCAACAUGAAGGUCGCAGUUGCUCCAUUCCCCCACUAGAUGGGGUGAUGCUGACACCCAGGGUCAUGAAGGCCCAACGGAGGUGGAACAUAAGCACAGGGAGCUGAAAUAUAGUGAGAAUAAUCAUAAGCACAGUGGGAUGAAAUGCAGUGAGAAUAAUCAUAAGCACAGUGGGAUGAAAUGCAGUGAGAAUAAUCAUAAGCACAGUGAGCUGAAAUAUAGGGAGAAUAAUCAUAAGCACAGUGGGCUGAAAUGCAGUGAUAAUAAUCAUAAGCACAGUGAGCUAAAAUAUAGGGAGAAUAAUCAUAAGCACAGUAAGCUGAAAUACAGUGAGAAUAAUCAUAAGCACAGUAAGCUGAAAUACAGGGAGAAUAUUCAUAAACACAGUGAGCAUUCUGAAACAAGCACACAUUUCUACCCCAGGUUUCUUUUUGUAACAGAAGGUUAUGGAAACACACCGGCUCUUCACACGAGUGGAGAAUUGUAGCUUUUGGUUUUCGAUCUGUUUUGACUUUCCGGUUUUCGGUUCGCUCGUGAAAUAUUCUCACCACACAUUGUAUUUUGUAAUAGCGUUUAUUUUUUUAAUCAAAUUAAUGCAAAAAAAACAGGUGCUCUUUGAAACAAUACAUGAUCACCUCGCUUCCUUCUGAGCGGGGAAAAGGUUUUACGAUCUGAGGAGCGUCACACUUCUUCUGAAUGAGGUUUUAUUUGC